UGUGUAGUUGCGGUUAAAAGGUUCUAUAUAAGACCAAGAACUCGCCCAUACGUUCAUGACGAUUUCUUAAGAGAGAAAGAUCAUCUUGUCGAGGUGUCGAAGUGGAAACACCCUCAUCUGCUCGGCAUGCUUUCUACGUUCGAGACGAGGUGUUCGGGCUUUGAAACCCUCAAUAUUGUCCUCCCUUAUGCGCGCGGUGGAAAUUUGUACGAGUUUCUGCGACUAGAACAAGACACACGUUGGGAGCGGUUGGGGUUCCCCUCCUCCGAUCCUGACUUGGUUGGCUGCCUCUCCGACUGGAGGUACGCGGUAUUUCGAGAAGCUAUCGGUCUCGCUGAAGGUGUUGCAGCACUGCAUGCUGAUAACAACGGAAAAUUCAUUAUCCACUGCGAUAUAAAACCGGCGAAUAUUCUCAUUGACGAUGGGAUGUUCAAGCUUGCCGACUUUGGGCUGUCCCGGUUCAAAGACAGCGACGAGACAUCCAAGACAGAAUGGCAUCGUGGGACAGCCUUAUACAGCCCCCCGGAACGAGAAUCUUUGAUGGGGCGUGGUAGAGAUGUCUGGGCUCUCGGAUGCGUUUUAUUAGAGAUCGCUUUUAUGAUACGGUACGCCUUUCAAUUCGCCUUCUUCGGUAAGAUGGGUGCGACACAAGCUCCCAAAUACGAGGGGAUUCGAAACUUCAUCGAUAUGUUCGAGCUGGACAGAAAGAAUUCCAUUUCCACAACUGGGGAGAGGACAGCAAUCUAUUACAAAACUAUAGAUUGCGUCCGCCAGGCAAUGGGUUCAUUCUACACCAUGCGACGAGGCCUAAGGAAGCGAAUCACAGUAGAUGGAAUGUUUGCUGUCAUCGAAAGAAUGAUGGAAGAGGAUCAAACAGUUCGAAUCACGGCGGCUGAAGCGGCAGCCCAAUUGAGAGACAAUUACUUGAGACUACAGGACGAUCCUCAACUACAGGAAGCAAUUACCGAGAGAGACAAUCCUGGUGGUCCCCCAGCGAUACCAUUUUCAACUGAAGAGUGGUUGUCUCAGUUUGGGGGCGUUAAAGCGGAAAGGUCUUUUAAUUACAGUCAAUCGGCCGUCAUGUCUUCUCCUGAAGCAGCACAACGCGACAGUGGACCGUAUCACCCUGUAAUAUUGCGGACUGCUACGGCUCCAACUGGCUCAAGUGGAGCGACUGAUAAGAUGUCUUCUGUAGCUCUCCACGAGACGAGGAGGACAGUAUCGGCCGAGAACACUCCUUACCAUCCUCUUCCCGAUAAUCCUAGAUUAGGAUCUUCCCAGGAUUUGGGAGGAGCCAUGAAUCGUUCUGAAGGAUUUGGUGGCCAAGACCAUAGACGAACAUCUUCAUAUGAGGAAGAUGGCAGCAAUAAACGGCGCAGAAUAGACGUUCACUUCCGAUCUUGAGAUCGAAUUGAUCCUCGAGAUCACCUUGAAUUUUCGGGAUUCUGUAAUUGGCUUUUCAUCAUCUCACGGCUGUGGUCUGAACGUC